GCACAAACGCACUUUAAAAGACUGGCACUGUCACUGGUGUGAGUCUUUGACAUUAUCAGGAACAGACGCUGUCGGCACCAUGGACCUGCAGGAUUCUCGGGUUAAGGGGGGCGUGCUGAUUGUCCACCAGAUCUAUGAUGGAAAGCACCAGUAUGAAGUGGAGAAUGUGGUGAAGUACAAAAAAGAGAUUGGAGAAAAGAUGUUCGUCAGGAGAGGAGACAAACUGAUGCAGAUUAACAACAUGGACCUGCAGGACGUCCCACCUGAGGAGUUCGCACAGCUGUUAGCUAAAGAUAAUCCAAUGCUGACAGUGCACAAGGCCAGCAGGAAGCAGGAUCACACUGAGCAGUCCUUCCCCGCUGAAGACACUUUGUAUCCCUUCAACAAGGAGUCGGCAACACUCAGUUUCAGCAUGGAGAUGAGGAGGGAGGAAGACCUGGAGGAGAACGGUGUGGGGCAGGAGAAAGAAGGGAAGGAGGACGGUGAUAUAUUGGAGGACGUUUGCUCUGCUGGAAACAAUGUGGAGAAUGGGGAGAAUGGGGAGAGGGGGGAUCUGCUCAUCAUUUCCAUGAAGAAAACCAGUAUCUCUGUGGUGAGAGGGAGGGGCUGCGAUGCUGGGAGCCCAUGUCAGGAAUGUCACGGGACAGGAUGUACCUUUAAUGACGUUGUGGUGGUGGCAGAAUCCAGCAAGGUGGUGCUUGUUCCAAGAGGAGGUGACAGUUUCAAACAGCUAAAGUCGUUGAGAACUCCAGUCGAACAUGUCGUGUCUCACCAUUACCUCAAAGGUCUCUGUUCGCAUAGGACCAUCUUUUCUUCACCGAACCCAGCGGACAUGACCAUCUACUACUACAAGUCAACCGGUAACUCUUACAGAGGACUGCCAGUGGUCCUAAACAUCAGCCAGUCCAACUGCUUCCUCAGGUGCUGCAAGGAAGACGACCGGGUGUUUCUACAAGUGGAGACUUGCGAGAAGAGCAGGCUGAAGAAGAUCUCCAAGAGCGACGAGAACGCCCUGUCCUUUGUCUUUUUCAUGAAGGGGUUGCCUCAGCGGAAGUUUGAGUCAGCGCUGCACGGCGGCUGGUUCAUCCAAAUCGACAAUGCCGACGCAGUCAAAAUGGCGGAACUGGAGGGAGGGGCGGGAGAUGAAGCGUUCCUCUUCAUCAUUCGAAAAUGACGGAGAGUCACUUUCCUCUGACACGUCCUCAGUUCUCAGUCAAGUUUAACAUUUAAAAUUCACUGGUGAAUUUUAUUUGUGACUUGACAUUAAACAAAAGAAAAACAUGGGAGGAUCUCUUCUGUUUUGUUGCCACCUGGUCCGGUGACGGAAACACACGUCACUGUGUCGAAUUCUGCUAUUGCAGAAGUGCGUAGAUAUGUAUCAUACAAUGAUAUCUAAUUAAAAACAUAUAUGUGUGUGUGUGUGUGUGUUUAAGAAUGUAAUCAGUUUUGUUAAAAGUGGCCUUUCAAGCUGAUUGUGUGUUUUUAAAGCAUUAUCGUUUUGCAUUUAAGGAAUGUUACUUUUAUUAAAAACUGUAUAUUUUCAAAAUAAAGUUGAUGUGAUUGUCACAUUA